AAUCGUUAUCAUAGCUUAGGUUUCGAUGAAGAAAUCCUUAUUUCAGCGCAAGAGUGCGAUUUUGAUUUCCAACCAGAAAUCACGCCUAUUUUUAAGAGCAAUCACCGUAGGACAAAAAGGUUUAACAAACAUGGGAAAGGAUUAAUAAACGAGGGACGGAGAAUUUUAAGCGACGAUGGGAGGACACCAUCCGGUUCCGGCAACCCAGGACAGAGGCCGGCGAGCGCUAAGCCGGUGGCUCAAUCAGUCGAAGAUUCAAGAACCGAUGCCAACAAAACCACCUCCAUGCCGGUGGCUCCACUCCUUGACAGUCCGUAUGUCGCUGAGACAUCUGGUAAGGCAUCAGCCUUCACAUGGGCUGACGUUGUAAGAUUGGAUGCGGACAAAAUCAGCCUCACAGGCCACGUCGCUACUCCGAAAGAGAAGGUACCCAAAGCCUCAUCAAUUAUGGACCCGGCUGAAAGAGUGACGGUCUCCCCACAUGAUUCACCCGAGGUAGAAAAAUUUCUAUUCUUUGGAGAAGAGGGUUUUGAUUCUAUCAAAACUAAAUCAAAAAUUUUUGAAAUUAAAAAAUCCAUGCUACAUAGGAUUGGAUUCAAAAUAGAGCUUCUACCCCAGAUCUACCAUUUUUCCACCAACUCACAAGAUCAAAACAAAUUAAUCGUCAGAUCAGAAAAGUCGGGGAUAUCACCAUCUCUUCAGUGCUCAACAAUUCAGGUUCCUCUCAAUCUGCCGAACGUGAAGAGCUUACCGAGUAUGAAAAGGAAAGGUUAAAGAGGCUGCAAAUGAAUGAAGAAAAAAUGCGUGCAGCAGGGUCCCCAAGUAUAGAAAAUAAGAUGAUCUUCCAAAUGAAAGAUAAACCGAGCACAAAUCAGUUUACCAAUGAUGUUGACCUAGAAGACACAGAUUACAUACCGAGUGGUGAUGAGCAUGAUGAAUCAAAUAAACCAAAGGUAUCAAUGAAGGGAAACGGUCAACGUAAGGAGGUAGAGGUUGACAGAAGUUCUGGGGCAUCAACUACUCAAACUUUGGCUAAGGUGAGUUUAAAUAAUGAAGUUGGAAGGGUUCUCAAGGAUCAGGGCACAUGUGGCAACAUGAAGAAGUCUAUUUCUGAUCCAAAGGCAAACAAAUCCCUCCAGGAUCCAUGUCCUUGUACUUUGAAAUGAGGAAAAGGCAAGAGUUUUGAAAAAGAAAAAGAAUGAAGCAACUUUUCUUGAUACUGAAGAUUCUUCAAGUGAGAACGAUCAUUAAAAUGUUAAUCAUAACAAAUCCAUGACCGCUGAAGACUCCAUGAACGCUGAAGAGGAAGUAAGCAAAUCAUCACCGGUGAGGCAAGUUGAUAGUCCUGAACAACAUGACAAUGAUGUAGACUCUUUUGACACUGCAGCGGAUAUGGAACAUGAGGUGGCAGCUAAAAAAGAUGUUGGUGCAAGUGCUAGGGCUUCAUCGAAAGUUGCUGGAGAAAAGAAGCAUAGAGGCCCGACGGUUAUGGCAGCAGUGCAUAAUCGUAAGUUUAAAGAAUGGCCAAUAGUUAUUCUGAAUGAAUCAGGGCAACCAAUUGGGCCUACUCCAGCUGUUGUUUGUGAAUUCAAUUGGUUCCUAGGCACCGUGGCUAGAGAUUCAAAACUUGCACCUUUGAAUUAUGUUACUUGGCAUAAGGUUCUGCAAACUAAGUUAGACAAUAUGUGGAAUUACGUCCUGGAGAAGUAUGUUGUUCCUACGGAAGGACAAAGGUGGGUUUUUGCUACCCUUAAUGAUUUGUGGCCUGUUCACAAGCCAAGAUUGAAGCAAAAACAUUUUUAUAAAUACAAUACAGUAGAAGAAAGAUGGGCUAAUCGGCCAAAGAGUGUUCCUAAUCAACAGUUCCUAGAUCUUUUGAACUACUGGAGCCUCGAAGAUGUUGAGGAGGAAAGCAAUACCAAUAGGCAAAAUCGCAUGAAGCAUGAUGACUCACACAAUUUGGGCCCAAUAUCAUUCGCAUUAUUGUGUCAUACAAUGAAAAAUGAGGAUCCCAAUAAAGAAGAGCCGUCAGAUUCCACUAUGUAUAAGAAGUCCAGGAUGAGAAUUGUGGAUGGUCAAUGCAUGACAAAGAUUUACCUCGGUGCUGAGCAGAAUAGGCUCAUACGCCUUCGUGGUCGGGGCGUGACCAAGUCUAAAAUGAAGGAAACUAACAAUAAGCAAUCUAGCUACGUAAUGCCAGAGGAGUUCUUGCAAAGUGUCAAAGAACAGUUGGCUCCGAGCAUGAAAAAACAUUUGAAACAGGAAGUUGCAAAAGAUGUAGCGUCCAUGGUACUCUCACAAAUAAAGGCAACUAAUCCUGGGAUAAGUUUGAACAUUCCAGAGUUUUGUGUGUCCUCAAAAAACCAAUCAUCAGGACAUGAGGUAGAUGGGUCUAAUGGGCAAUCCUCUGUUAGAGCACACUCAAUGUUGAAGGUGAGAGAUUCGCACGAGGAUGAACAUGGUACGGAAUCAAAUGAUGAAUGAUGCAUACCCAUGACUGACUUGAGCUUCUCCUAGUAGUAGUGAUAAACAAUCUUUUUCUUUGUGAACUUGAUGUUCAAUAUUUUGCAACUUAAUUAUCAAACUCAUGUCUCUUUCAAAGAUCUUUAAUUCUAACAUAGCUACUUUGCAUGCUUUUGAACAACUUAGGUUGCUUGGUUUGUAAUGUAAUGGAUUUGAUGUUGGGACCAACAUUUGUUUCACUUUAGUAUGUAAUUAUAAUUAAAUGGACAGCUAGUUACAUUCAUUGCUAUAUAUAGGUGUGUAAAAACAUCCUGGCUGCAUGUGCGCAAA